CAUCGUUAAUCAUUUACCAUCGCUUCCAAUUCGUUUUGAUGCCUUAACCGAAUCCUUAACCACCGCCAUUAUCUUCUUAUCAACUUUUUUUGCUUUAUUUUAUUUCACCCUUUCUUAUCUUACUGUAGUUUCAAAAAUAGACGUCGUCUCUCACUGAAGGUAAUCCGUUAAAGAUGGGGAAUUGUUUAGCUAAAUCAAAGAAACCCACGGCGGUGGAGAUCGCGCCCUGCGAUUGCGCCAGGCGUUUCAUGCCUCUUCCGGUGCCACCCGUCGUCCGGUUGUACGGUUGUUCUUCGAGUGGAAUCGCCGCGUACAUCCGGUUCGCGUUGCUCCACAAGAACCUGUCUCUGCAGUUGGUUCCCACCGAGGCGUCCGAUGGCGAAACGCUGGUGCUGGAGAUUGGGUCGGAGAGGGUUUCGGGUAGCCGGGAGACGCUGGUACGGUUCAUAGAGGAGAAGUUCCCUCAUCCGCCGCUGAAGGUUGGAAUGGUGGUGGAUACGGCGCCGUUGGUGGUGAAGGUAACGCGGCUGCAACACAGGAGCAUAACGUGGCACAUGGAAAGGAUGGUGAGGUGGACGGAGGAUCUGAGGACACGUGGGAAGAAGAAGACGGUGGAUCCGGCGGUGGGGAGUCCGAGGAUGGAGCUGCGGAAGUUCGGGAAGAAUUACACUGAAUUGCUGGAAUUGAUGUUGGAGCAUGCUCAGAUGGAGGAGAGAGUCGUCUUUCCACUUCUCCAAAUGGCCGAUCCAGGACUAUGUAAAGCUGCAAACGAGGAACAUGCAAGGGACCUCCCAGUUAUGAAUGGCAUAAAAGAAGACAUGAAAUCCGUCGGAGUUAUGGACUACGAGAGCCCUGCCUACAAGGAAGCCCUCUCCAACCUAUCCAACCGCCUCAAAUCGUUACAGAAACAUUGCAAACAACAUUUUGAUGACGAGGAGAAUGAUGUACUGCCAUUGUUGGAGGCAACGGAGCUGAGUGGAGAAGAAGAGAUGAGGGUAUUUGAAGAUUGCUUUAAUACAAUGAGGGUCACUCAUUCACAUUUAUUUAACUUUUUCCUGGAAGGCCUACUCCCGUCAGAAGCCAUGGAAUACGUGGAUUUGGUCAUGAAAUGCACUGAUAAACAACUAAAAGCAUCUUUGAUUCAGAUUAUUUUCAAUGCCAAGUGAUUAUCUGUGAUGUUAGCUCUAAUGACUGGAUUACUAUGCAUAUAUUUGUCAAAUAGAGUGAUAUUUGUGUACAAAUAAAACAAAUGGGUUA